GCUACCUGUGUCCCUUUAAGGCCACACAGAUCUGGGUUGCCCUCCUCCUCCUCCAGAGUCAGUUUUCCUACUCUCCUUUGUCUAAAACUCUAUGCCCACAUCACUUUCUCACUGCCCAAUCACAGGGCUAGCCUGAUCUCCUGCCAGCCUUCACCUGCAUAAAGACAACAGCCCACACCUCUUGUAUCCACCCAGGUUCUUCAAUGUGAGAAGCCAAAGUCAACUCAGAGGGACACAGAAGGACUCUGGCUGCCAAAAGCAAUCACUCAUCCAUGCAUGAGGACUGGGCUGUACACACCCUGAUCACGUGACUCCAACCCUACACCGUCAGCCAUUAGCACCCAAUAAUCUCUCAUUUCUGGUUCCCAGUUAAGACUGAGUAGAGUCUGCAGGUGGGCAAGUCUAGAAGCAGGCUCGACAGUGGGCCUGUUUCUGACCUUUGCAGCACUGACUCUAGGCUGCACCUCUCUGCUUUUCCAUGAAGAAGAGGUGUGGGCUGAGUGAGCUUCUCUGCCUUUUGGGAUAGAGUACUUCCCACUGGUCAGAUUUGAACUCCUGACCCCAGUAGAUGGCUCAGUUCCCAUCUACCUCAACAGAGCUGCAGUGUUGGACACUCACAGAGUUAACCAUGCAAUGGGACUGGCCCACCCUUCCCAGGACAGGGAAGAGGAGAAGUUGGGCACUGUCAUUUGUCAUGUGCAUGAAUCUCAGGAGGGAUGGAUGGAGUGAGGGAACCUCCAUGAAUCGGGGAAGUGUCUCUGUGGCUUUCUCUUAAGCCCUGUGGCUCCUACAACAGAGUCCCUUCUAUUUUUCUAUUCUAUCUGACUUUAUCUAGACAGUCCAGGGCCAGAUAAAGAUCCUGCUGUGUUCCAAAAGACCUUGAUCCAACAAGAGUGCCCCAUACAGACAGGGUUAUAUAGAAACAACUGUAGGAGAGAGGAUUGGGAAGUGACCAUAGAACAAUGGCUGUAGAGAACUCACUGUUGAAGGGAUACAAGAUCCAAGAGCAGCAAUUUCUGCACAUACUUUGCUCAAGAAAAGCCAACCCUACAUUUUGCCAGAUGCGAUUCAGAGCUCGGAUUCAGCGGCCCUGUUGAAUGGUAACAGCCACAUGAAGAAUAUUCUAGCUUCUCAGGAGGUGGAUGAGGGACAGGAGUGGCAGCAGGAGGACAAGGAAGAGCAGCAGUACACCCUAGAGGAUCAGGCACAGCUGAAGAGAAAGAGCAGCCAAAAUGCAGAGUGGAGCCAGGGGUAGCUACCUGCAUGGAGGGAGAGUGGCCCAGCUCCAGACUCACAGGUCACUCCACACUGAUAACCAAGGCCCAGGCCUUAAGGCAGAGCUGUAAUCUAUCCUGUAUCGUGUCACUUCCUAAUAGAAACAGGGUUCCAGAGAGCCAAAGGGCAGUCUGAUUCCUUAGUGGUUAGGACAGAAAGUAGUGGAAGUGCCAGGCAAGAGAAAUGUGGCAUCAUUCAUGAAGGAAGGCACAAGGUUUCUCUUGAGCUGGAAUCAGAGAUUCAGUCAGGCAUUCCCCAGAGGCAGGAACCAGAUGAAAAGCUCUACACACUACUCUAGAGGUUCAAAGCAUUUCUUGCUGGAAAAUGAAGCAAGAAAUCCUGGCUCAGGUGAGAUGGGGGGCAGAUAUGGAGAUCCCAACCUGGUAAAUCUAUGCUCAUGUCUGCUGGAAUCCAGCAGCCAGCAGAAGGACCACUUGAGAGGGUAAAGUCAUUUCUCUCCGCACAUCAGCUCUGCAUGUUAUGGUGUGUCUGGGCCCCCUUUGAGGGCAGCCUUCCAUGUUUGUGGCUGGCCUUCCUACCUUCCCUGGAGCUGUUGUAUUAGGAGGGCACCAGCUUUCCAUGUUCCCUCCUUUAUGUUGUCGUUAGUUCAAGUGCAGGUCACCAAUAGUUUCUCAUUAUGUUCACAAUGUCCUGGUUUGUGGCUCCAGAGUGCAAGAUGUAGAGACACCAUGUGAGCCUCGGACUGGAACACGGGCCUUCAUAAUAAAGCAAACAUGUACUCUCACAUGAGUCCAUAGAGCAAAGAUUAUAAGAUAAUAGAUUCAUUUUACUGAACAGUCAGUGACAUUUUCUUUGGCAAUAACAUAAGGAGGACAUAGGGCAUUUUAUUUCUGCAAUUCAAAUACAGGUCAAAGACCAGGGAAGUGAGGUAUUAAUAAUUAUUAGGAUUGCACAGGAAUGCACAUCAGAAGGCUGGAGUCCCUGAAGCUUACACCAUCCUGUGGGAGCCGAUGCCCGUCUCAUUUUGACUCAGAGUCUGUCCCUCUGCUUGUCUUCUACAAACCAUGUGGCUGUACCUGCUGGCACUGGUGGGCCUGUGGAACCUCCUGCGCUUGUUCAGGGAGAGGAAGGUGGUAAGCCAUCUCCAAGACAAAUAUGUCUUCAUCACGGGCUGUGACUCAGGCUUUGGGAACCUGCUGGCCAGACAGCUGGACAGGAGAGGCAUGAGGGUGCUGGCUGCAUGUCUGACUGAGAAGGGAGCCGAGCAGCUGAGGAGCAAGACAUCGGACAGGCUGGAGACAGUGAUCCUUGAUGUCACCAAGACAGAGAGUAUUGUGGCAGCCACUCAGUGGGUGAAGGAGCGAGUUGGGAACACAGAAAGACUGGGCUGUUGGCUGCUGAGUCCUAGGUUAGAGACAGUGAGGAGGAAGGAGAGCCCUGGGGUCCUGGAGUCUACCCUCUGUGUGAAGGUCAUGUGCCUGAUUGCAUCUGCUUUCUCAGUCCUGGAACAUGUUCUUAUGUAUGACCUGUGCACCUUUACAGGGACAGUCACCACCAUUGCCCUUCAAAGCCCAAUGUCAAGGAAUGUCUUAGGACAGUAAAAGCUAGGCAUUUCUCUCUCUCUCUCCCUCCCUCUCUCUCUCUCUCUCUCUCUCUCUCUCUCUCUCUCUCUCUCUCUCACACACACACACACACACACACACACACACACACACACACA